UCAUAAGAAUACAAUAUUCUUCUUUGUAUAUAAUAAAACCAUGUCAACAAAAGAAAUCCAAACACUAUAUCGUUCUUUUUUAAAAGUAAUGCAAAAAUGGCCAGUUGAUAAAGUGAGACCUAAACGCGAUUUAAAACAAAUCAUGUCAAAUAGAAUAGAAGAAACAUUUAGAAAACCUCUUUUGAAUAAAGAUCAAUUAGACAUGACUCAAGCUAAAAGAGAAUUAGCAGCAUUAGAAAGAUUAUUAAAUAAUGAGUUUAAAGAAAGGUUUCCAUUAUCAGAGAAAAUAUUAUCACCUGCUAGUAAUCCAAAGUAUUAUUCCCGAUUAAUAGCUUCCCUUAAUGCAAAUAAGGAUGGAAGUAAGAGUUUCUUGGCAAAAUUACUUGGUCAAUGAGGUGAAAAUUAAGCUUGAAAUAAAAAAUGAAUGCAUGUACAUAGUAUUUAAACUUGAUAAAAAUAAAAAAAUCUAUGCGGAGAAAAAGUUUUACUUCUCUUUCCCCCUUUCCCCACAUACUUUAUUUUUUUUUUCUGUUUGACAGGGAUUAUUUUGAUAUUGUUAACUUGAUCUGUAAAUAUACUUUUAUUGACUCUCUCCGUACAUGUAGGAGUAUUUUUAGAGUUCUAACAAAAGCUACA